AUGGAUGUAUUUAAAUUUUUUCCAAAAAUACUUUCUUUGCCUAGGACUUUUAAUCCUUUCGGAAGCUAUCAAGUUACUGUCAAUAAAUCAUGGAAAAAGCGAAAAUAUAUUUAUUCUUCCAUUGGAAGUUCCUUCGAAUCAAACAUAUCUUCUUCUUACAUAUACAAUUGUGACGAUCUACUUGAUUUCUCUUCGUCGGCUACUUUGUUUGAUUCAUCUCAGCCUACAUGUUCUAAACCAAGAAGAAACCAUCACAAUCAUUCUUCGUGUGAUCCUUAUUGUUACCAAACAAUAUAUGAACUGAUCACCUCCCCUCAAUUAACAAUUCUUGCUGAAUCGGAUCCUGAAUACACCAAUAUCAAAACCGAUUUCAUGAGUUAUAUGACAUAUGCCAAAGUUAUCUCGAUAAUUAGAAUCAAAUUAUCUAAAGAACGCACGAUGAGAUAUUUAAAUUUGAGAAGGGAGAUGGCAAGAAGUUAUAUGGAAGAAGGAAAAAUUGGGCGAACGAGAAAUGACAGCACAUGUUUUGGAGAAAUAACAAAGAGGGUUUAUCAUGGGACAAGGGCUACAUGUGACCCUAAUAAAGUUUUGCGGCGUGGAUGUUGUGAAGAUAAACGUUGCGGGAUGUGUGGAAUUAUCAAGUACGGAAUUAAAUCCAAAUUUUCAAAAUUCGGUAGAAGUAUGCAUUCAUGA